AUGGGUGACCACCGGGCCAAGCUGGAUGACACCCAGGCCCUGCUGAAGGACGCCCAGGGGAAGAGCAGGGAGGCUGGGGCCCUGUCCGGACAGAACCAGCGCAACCUCACCGCCCUGGAGGUCAGCAGCCUGGUCACACAUACAUACACGUACUAACUAUUCCAUAGUUAUAUAUACACCAUCACUCACAACGUGGGUUGUUGUUUCUGUAAAAUUACUGGAGCUGACUGUUCUUGUCUGUCUGUUUGCAGAGAAAGAGGGAUGCUGUGAGCUCAGUGAAGAAAGGAACUGAAGACGUGCUGGCAGACGGAGAGCGCAUUCUGGCUGAAGCCAAUGGGCUCUCAGACAACAUCAAUAAGGAGAUUGAGGUAUACACACUCACUUACACACACACAGAUCCCAACUCGAGUCAGGCCUGUCAAGCCCUUCAUUGGGGAAGGAAGACACACCUUUACUCUGUUGGGUUGCUGUUGUGUUGUCAGACAGAUGUAGCCUGCAGCACUAUUGGACUUUACUGUAGACCUUUUUCUGUCCAGGACUUAAUUUGUACAUCUGUACGCCUCACCUGCAUCAAUGAGGAGGUUCAGCUUGAUCUCUCUCCCUCUUUCUCUCUCUUUCUGUUUUUUUCUGUCUGUCUGUCUUUCGUGCGAAAACAACGGAGCGCGAUGAGCGGGGUCGCUCAGAAGAGAGCUGAGAAGCGCAGAGAGCGAGCUCAGAUCUCUCUCGACUCUAAUAUCUCUCUCUCUCGUGAGCGCGAUCUAUCUCUCUCUCUCUCUCUCUCUCUUCUCCUCUUCGCUCUCCUCUCUCCUCUCUCCCUCUCCCUCUCCCUCUCUCUCUCUGUGUAGGAUCUGGAGGAGAUGGAGCAUGAGCUGGGUCCUCUCCAUGGGCAGCUGGACUACAGUGUGAGCCAUCUGACCCAGGGCCUGAGUGGCAACACCCUGACUGACCUUCUGCAGGACGCUGAGAACCACGCUGCUGAGCUCAACGUGUCCUCAAACAUCCUGGACCGGUACAGACAAACACACACACACACAGGCAGGCACAUAGGCUGGCUCACAGAAAGAUAGACAGACAGACCGACACACACACACACACACACACACACACACACACACACACACACACACACACACACACAGGCAGGCACACAGGCUGGCUCACAGAAAGAUAGACAGACAGACACACACACACACACAGGAAGGCACACAGGCUGGCUCACAGAAAGAUAGACAGACAGACAGACAGACAGACAGACAGACAGACAGACAGACAGACAGACAGACAGACAGACAGACAGACAGACAGACAGACAGACAGACAGACAGACAGACAGACAGACAGACAGACAGACAGACAGACAGACAGACAGACAGAAAGACAGACAGACAAUGAACCAAUAAUAUUUUUGGGGGGGUAGUUUUGUUUGUUCUACCUCUGUUAUAAUGAUACAAUGGAUUGAAUGUAAUUGUUGUUAUUGAAUGUUUUGUAAGUGUAUUGGCUGGUGUCCUAACCAAGUCUCUUGCUGUCUCCUCACAGCAUCCUGGCAGAAGCCAAGAACCUGUCCUUUAACGCCACAGCAGCGUUCAACGCAUACAGCAACAUCAAGGACUUCAUCGAGGAGGCUGACAAAGAGGCAAAGCAGGCCAGGGCACGCGGGACAGAGGCCCUUCAGCUGGUGAGAGCACAUACACACCUACACACACUUCACCCCUUCACCCCGCGCGUGUGUGUGCGCGUGUGUAUGUGUGUGCGCGCGUGCGUGUAAGGACUCAAAGAGGACCUCUCUCUCUAAUGUGCUGAGCAGCAGAGUUUUGGCGUUCAAACGUUUUUGCAUUUCCUUAUUCAUUUCCAUUAGUCACGCUGGAGAGAUCAAAGUUCCAGCGCUGUUGUCCUUAUUAUCAUGACUCUGCCUCCUGCAGCAGGAGCCAGCGGAGGUGAAGAGAAAUCUAUUCCCCCUUCUUCUCUCUGAAGGAGAGAGGGAGAGGCUCAGGGGGCUGAGAGGGAACAUUGGUCCCCUCUGUGGAAAUCUCCUCAGCCCGUGUGUCCUCUGUUCAAAAACACUGCUUUUCCUCUCCACACACUAUUAACAAUGUAAAAAAAAAGACUGUUUUCAGAACUAUGUUGGUGUUUUUAUAUUCAUUUGUGCACUUCAAUGUGUUAAGUUAUGAUGUUAAGUCUGAGAAACAGAGGCAUAUGCACCUGAGGUUCUCUAUUAAUAAAAGGUAUUAUAAGUUCUAUAUUAAAUAGUAUUUGUGUAGUACGCUGUGCAUUGUGCAGUACCUAGGAGUAUCUUGUACUAUUCUAUUGUUGUAUGUACAGUAUGUAAUUCUUCUACUACAUUCUUUGGUCACUGUAGAAUGCACUGUUCUGAUAUUCAAGCGUACAUUCUUGGUGCACACACACAGGCAUCAGGACCCAAAGGCUCUUUGAAGGAUAACGCCAAGAACUCUGUUCGGAAGAGCAUUCAACUGUGGAACGAAGCCAAGCAGUUAGAGAAUGAUGUGAAAGGUAAAUCCAGUUCCACUGAGACAAAAUCAUGUUGAUCCCUUCCCCAUACAACACCCACCAACUGUGAUGAUAAACGCCAGACAUAUUUCAAAGAGCUGUUUUUUCUGAGGAGUGUUGGUAUGGAUAUGUUUUUGGGAACCAAGCGGACGUCUUUGUAUUUCAGAGAACGCUGAGAGUGUUGGCAGUCUCCAGGCUAGGGUGAAAGCUGGUGGCUUGAAGAACAAGGGCUUGCGGAAGGAUCUGGACGAUACGUUACGGAAGCUGAAUGCAAUCCCCAAUGGUAAUCACAGAAACAACAGUAGGAAAUGACCUUUGUUUAAAUACAAACAACAAAUGAAAUACUUCUCAUUGAUGUGUGUUGCUGCUGGAGCAAUUUGUCAGGCUGAGCCCAGGAUGUGGGAGCAUAAUGGAUCAAUAGUGGUGUAGCUAUGAGGUGAGAGGCCACAUGCUCUUGUAGAUCCAACAUGACAGAAGUCAAUGCGGCACAGUCCAGGUUAAAUAUGGUAAGGAAUCAGACAGGCAGGCUGCAGGGUGCAUUCAAAACAUCUGACGGGUGGGCAGCAGAGUUGACAUAAAGAUUUCUGUAAGGCUGUUAAACAUCAUGUAUGACCGACUACCUCCAAUAGUCCAUACCAUGUUGGAUUACUAGUCUCUCUUGAACUUUAGAUUACUACAUAUUGUAUACCAACUUUGUUGUCCAGAUACAGCAGCCAAGCUACAGAUUACCAAGGCCAAGGCAGGAGAUGCCAACGACACAGCCAAUGAUGUACUGGCCAGACUGAGAGACAUGAACCUGAACCUGAUGGGCCUGAAGAAGAACUACAGCAAGCUGGAGGAUGACGUCAACAAGGCCAACAACAUGAUCCAGGACCCUGAGAAAAACAGUAAGAGAUCCUCUGGGUGUUGUAGUUCUUAAGGGUAGGAAAGCUGUAGUAUUUACUGUAUAUUAAAAGUAUUGUCCGUGCCAAGACAUGCGCUGAUUGACUCAAAAUGCAUUUGUUAGUUUUUUUGGGUUCAACUUAAACUUGUGAGCGUAGAUAUCUAUUACUCUGGCACAUUUCUGUCUCACACAUGACAUUGUAUAAUUCUGUACCUCACAUAUUUUUUUCUUUCUGUCCCAUUUUUCUUUUGAACCCCAACAGCAAUAAGUAUGUAUACCUUUUAUAUUACCUGAUUAAAGCUCCUGCAUGAUGACAGAGAGAGUAUCCAUUAGUGCUGCAUGGGCUGUACCGUAGCUGUAGGAAAAAUAGUAACAAUAAAAUACCUCUUGCUUUCAUUCUGUCUUCCUCAGCAUUCCAUCUCUUUGUUUCACUUCAACAGGAUUAAAACGUGUAUUUUAGAGCUUCACUAAGCCUGUUAUCCUAAUGUAUGCCUUGGAAAGAUUACCGGUGGCUAAUUAUGAAUGCAUAGCAAGCCAUUUACUAUGUCAUCCUCUUUCUUUUCAUAACAGCUUUCAGCUCUUUACCUUUAAAUAAGUGACUGUGAUCUUCACCUUUAAAUAAGUGAUUACGAUGCCGCCAUCUCUCCGCUGAUCUCUAACUAAUAGGCCUGGCUCACAGAAAGCAGUGGCUGUGGAAAUUAGUAGUUAGUAAGGAAGUGUGAUGUUUGGUGUUUUUAGACUGACGUCUCUCUACCCUGUGUGUGUGCGUCUGUGCGUGUGCGUCUGUCCGUCCUUGUGUGUGUUUGUUCUUGCGUGUGUGUGUCUGGCGUGUCUGGUGUGCGUGCUUACGUGUGUGUGUGUGUAUGUGUGUAUCAGUCCAUGCAGCGGGGGCCAAGGUGAAAGACCUGGAGGACAAGGCAGACAGACUGCUGGAGAAACUGAAGCCCAUCAAAGAGCUGCAGGACAACUUGAAGAAAAACAUCUCCCAGAUUAAAGAGUUGAUCAAUCAGGCGCGCAAGCAGGCCAACUCUGUGAGUCACACUCCUCCUCUCCAUCCCUCUCUCUCGUUCCCACCUCCUCUGUUUCCACUGCUUUAAUCAGUGGCUUCUAAGCCGGCCAUUCUGCUAACUGUGCCAUCAUCACAGAAAUGGUGAUUUACAACUCGUUCUAGGAGAGUUCAGUCACAUCCCUCUUUAUCCCUCCACCCAGCUUUAGCUUGUGGUGCACAUGCAUCGCCACAGUUUGAGUGAAGGCUCUGUUAAACAAAGAACAUUCAAUCAAAGAUAACGUGUGUUGUUGUUUUUUAACAGUCUCUUACACUCAAGGUUUGUGUGUUUUUUAUUUGAUUGGUACAAAAGAGUAAAAUAACAAAUUGUUGCUCUUGCCUCUAAAGGACAUUGCACUUGUACUUCUGUUACUACACAGUUGUGUUUUCCUGAACGUUUCUUCCCACUGGGCACAGACGUCAAUUCAACAUCUAUUCCACUUUGGUUCAACGUAAUUUCAUUGAAAUGACGUGGAAACAACGUUGAUUCAACCAGUGUGUGUCCAGUGGGUUGGACCUUUUUAGUGCUCUCUGUUUGGUAUAAGAUCCGUGUGAUGUCUCCCUACAAAGAUUAAAGUGUCCGUAUCCUCUGGACCUUUUUAGUGCUCUCUGUUUGGUAUAAGAUCCGUGUGAUGUCUCCCUACAAAGAUUAAAGUGUCCGUAUCCUCUGGACCUUUUUAGUGCUCUCUGUUUGGUAUAAGAUCCAUGUGAUGUCUCCCUACAAAGAUUAAAGUGUCCGUAUCCUCUGGACCUUUUUAGUGCUCUCUGUUUGGUAUAAGAUCCAUGUGAUGUCUCCCUACAAAGAUUAAAGUGUCCGUAUCCUCUGGAGGAGACUGUAUCCGUGCAUAUCGACCAGAAAUCAAGAAGGGUCGCUACAAUGCCAUCAUUGUGAAUGUGAAGACCACCUCCCCUGAUAACCUACUCUUCUACCUGGGCAGUAUCAAAUAUGUGAGUCAGAGGAGAUAACGCCACACUGAGAUGUUAGUCACCUGUGUGUGUGUGUGUGUGUGUGUGUGUGUGUGUGUGUGUGUGUGUGUGUGUGUUUGUGGAUACAAUCACUAAGUAAAUCACUUAACCCUAAUAUGGUAAACCUCUGGGCAACAAAUACAUUUUUGUGUGAAACUUAACAUAUUAGGGCUAUUUUUCACUGUUUGGUUGGGCUUAUCUCUAGCCCGGGAUGUGUAAUGUGUUGUUGACCAAUUAAUUAGAUAUCAUUCCACCAGUGGAUAUUUCUCAACAUACAAGAUAAAUACCAAUUAUGUUCAAGUCAGAGAGGAAAUAAUAAAAGGUUAUUCAUUUCCUUGUGAGAUCCUCAGGAGAGAGUGGGUGAUAUUGCCUCUAUGUACUGCAACAGCGACCACAGCAAUUAACCGGCCGUUCAAACCAGACUAUUUCAUCUGGUUUCAUCACUGAUUUCCCUGGGGAAAUCACAAUCCUGUUGCUCCUCUCCUGAUUUGCCUGUGCCUCUUAAUUCCUCAGGAUCUUAUUCUAAUGUGUCCUGCUCUGUGCUCCUACACUGUGCGACACUACAGCAGUCUAGACCCAUAGAGAGAGAAAGAAUAGUCAUCGAUCUGUAAUGUUAUCAGGUAGGAGAUUGCAGCGCUGCAUCUUAUUGGCUCAUCCUCUGUCUGCCUCUAGAUUGACUUCCUGGCCAUUGAGAUGCGUAAGGGCAAGGUCAACUUCCUGUGGGACGUGGGCUCUGGAGUGGGCAAGGUUGAGUAUCCUGACAUGACUAUCAACGACGGCAACUGGCAUCGCAUCGAGGCCUCACGGUAGAAAACCAUUGUUAUUCACAUUCUACACCAGGUCUUUUUUCAGAGCAAAGGUUAUUGAAAGGGAUUCGUCUAUGAGUUUAUUCAUUAGUUAAUCUUUUAACACUGAUUGUGCCAGGUAGCCUUCUUAUUGAAAAUUUCAUGAAGUUUUAAUUCAUCAUCUGAUCAUUUCUGUUUUGAUCCCAGGAAUGGCAUCAAUGGCACCAUCUCUGUCCAUGCACUGGAGGGUCCCAAAGCUGGCAUCAUGCCCACCUCUAAGAGUGGCACCUCUCCUGAUGGCUAUACUAUCCUGGAUGUGGACCAGAAUGCCUACCUGUUUGUCGGUGGCAUAUUGGGCAGUGUGAAGGUAGCUGAUAUCACUUUGCCAUACAGAAGUUUAUCCCAGAGCUAUAUAUUUAGUAUUUUGUUACCGCUUUCUUUUUUUUGCUAGAUUCAUUGGUAUUCACUAUGUGUAUCGUUGUUUGUCCUGUAGAAAGCGGACGCUGUCAAAACCACUACUUUCUCCGGGUGUAUGGGAGAGACAUACCUGGACAACAAACCUAUUGGCCUGUGGAACUACAGAGAGAGAGAAGGAGACUGCAAAGGAUGUGUGGUCAGGUAUGCCUGCGUUUUCACAUCACAUUGAAUACUUGAUAUUAAUGUAUAUUGUAGUGUAAGGACUUUUUUUUAACGAUCUCAUAAACAUUCACGAAUGUUUUACUCUAGAAGUUCACUAUACACUCUUUUAUGUCCUAAAAGUUCACUUGACUGUGUGAUUAUUGCUGAGUGUUUGGGGGUGUGUGCUUCAGCCCCCAGCCGUCAGACACAGAGGGGACGGUACAGUUUGAUGGGGAGGGCUACGCUGCUGUGAGCCGCCCCACCAGAUGGAACCCCAACGUCUCCACCGUCAUGUUCAAGUUCCGCUCCUUCUCCACCGACUCCCUGCUCAUGUAUUUCGCCACCAAGGAUAUGGUAACCUCACUCAUACACACACCUGUCUCUUAACGAGGACUAGCAAACUGUUCAAGUUCAGUAGUAAUGAAAACUGUUAAAUGUGUGUUAGAUAUGAAUCAUUUAUCUAUAUUACUCAAUAAACUCUCUCUCUCUCCCUCUCUCCCCUCUCUGAGACAGAAGGACUUUAUGAGUGCUGAGUUGAGUGAUGGUCUAGUGAAGGUGAGUUUUGACCUGGGCUCAGGCACCGGCUCGGUCCUCAGUAUCAAGAGACACAACGACGGCAGGUGGAAGUCCUUCACUAUGGCCCGCAUGAAGAAACAAGGUGACACUCACACUCAUCAUAAUACAUAUAACAUUCCACUCCAGUUGAUGUUUGUAGAGACUGUGUAGUUUAUAGAACAUACCGCCUUUGUAGCUUCAUCAGAGCUUUUUGUUGAACAGACAUUUACCCUUGUUGGUUUCCUUUCACCCCAGCUACGGUGACCAUCGUGGACAUAGAUACCAAUGAAGAGGAGAAGCUGGUGGUGUCAUCCCAAGGCUCUGCCACUGGGCUCAACCUCAAGGAGGAUGAGAGGAUCUACUUUGGGGGUUUGCCAACCAUUGGAAACUACAGGUAUGUACUGUACUCUGUAGGAUGUCAAUCACCUCUACAGUAGGGCCUUAUGCUACAAGUCUGUUUUUAUGUGUGCACUAAAGUACACCUCAGAUAGCUUUUCUUUACACCUCUGCUCCGUUCUUUGCUCAGACACUCAGUACUCUACAGUCUGUUACUCAUUGUUGCUAUUCUUCUCAUGUUGUCACGUUUGGCUAUGAAAGUUGAGGAUUGACAAGGGAUAUAGGCAGACAGACAGACAGACACUUAAGUUUCCAUUAGAACACCUCUAUCUGCUGCCGGACCUUGAGUCAGUGUCACAUUGUCACUGCCCUCUCUGGUGUUAACUCUCAUUGAACUCUAACAAUAGAUAACAUAAACAGGAACAAUGGGUUAUAUAGAUCUGUCAUUGUAAACAUUCAAUGUUAGACCUUCACAGUCUCUGGCAGUAUCAGACGUAUAUUCUGUAGGUCUUAUAGACCCUUUCAACACACACAGGGAGAACUGAAUGUACUCUUUUCACUUUUGAUUGUGACUCCUGUCUACAUAUUUUGACAGUGUUUAAUUUGUGUGUUAUACUUGUGCUAAUAUGCAUAUACGUUUAUAUUUUGUUCUUACAGUAUCAAAUCAAGGUAAAAAUGUGUACUGUUAAAGUUUCCUGUAUCACCUUUUGCAUGUACUAGCAUACCCAUUUACUCUCUAAAGCCUCUCUGGUAACCUGGCUUUACCAUGCAAGUUACCAUGCAUUUAGUUCAGAAAAAUAUGCUCUUGUGCUUAAGUUGUAGAUGCUUUAAUGCAACAAGCUGGUCAUCAGAAUUGAGUCAGUAUACACCCCUCCUUUUCUCAAUGGAGGUUUUAGAUAUUAGUCCAAAUGAACAUGAGCACAAAAUUCUGAGGACCAGUAGGAUACAGCUUCCACUCCUUUCCAUUCAAUAGAUGCUGUGUUGUCACCCCACCACUUCUCUAGCAUGUUACUGUAAAUGGAAUUUGCUGGCACCAUUUUGAAAUGAACAUUUAACAAUGAGGCACUCUUGGCAGCUUUGUGUCUGCUAUGCAGAAGAUGCUGUCUAAUUGUUCAGAUAAAUGUUUCAUAGCUUUAGAAUAAACCCCAGAUAAAAGGUAUACCAAAGAAAUGUUCUUAAAACAGCUUCAAAAAAGAAGCCUCACUUUAUUCAUUUAGAAUGAAUGCAGUCUCAAUUUGGUCUACAUCUCACGGUCAUUGGCUCCUAAAAAAAUGAGGACAGCACUUCCACAAUGAACAGAAUGAUGGUCAUAAUGGCAAUUGAGACAACUCUCUCUUCUCUUUACAGGUCAGAGGUUACCAAAAAGAGGUAUGCUGGCUGUAUAAGAGACAUUGAGGUUUCCAGAACCCCCUAUAACCUGCUGAGCAGCUCAGACUACACCGGCCUGACCAAAGGCUGCUCUGUAGAGGUCGGUUUAUCCUCCACAGGUUUUUAUUAGCACUCCUCCUCUUUCAUACCCCUCUUCUUUUCACCCCUCCCUUUAACUGUUUAUAGAUAUAGGCCUGCUCAUAAAAUAUGGGCCAACAUUUUGCCCAACAUCCCUCGAAAAAACAUAAGGAAGAAUAAAAAUGAGUGAGGUCAGAAAACUGAUAUAAAGAAACCGAAAAAGAUUAUUGGAAUAAUGAGAUAGUGAUAGAUACCAUAAAGAAGAGAAAUCACUGCUUCUAAAAGUGUUCUUUUCGUUAGGGAAAAAUAUUUAAAUAUUUAUACAAACACCAAAUCACAUUUUAUUGGUCAGAUACACAUAUUUAGCAGAUGUUAUUACGGGUGUAGCGAAAUGCUUGUAGGAGCUAGAAGCAGAGCUGCCAUGUCUGUCGGCGCCAUUGUUCAUCACCACAGACACCGAAUGCAAAAGACUGUAACAAUGCCAAGAAUUAAGUGGUAUAAGUCAUUUUGAAUUCAGCAAAGGCUGGUUUCUACGUCUCAGUUGUGUUUGGAAGAUGUUUGCAAAAUUUCACGCUCAAUUCAGCUCUUUCAUUUGUUGUGGACCCUGUGUCAAUGCCUGAUGAUGCAUCUGCAAAUGCAUACAGUGGUACUCUAACAAACUGUACUCUAACAAACAAGGUUUAUUAUUAUGUUCGUUAUAAGUCUGAAAUGUAUAUGAACAUUAUAAACAAAGCAACAUAGGCCUUAUAAUAUACUGUACUGUUAUACAGUAUUCAGAUUAUAAAAAGAACCCUGAAAAUUACUGAUGACUCUCAAUUGAAUGUGCUGUGAAUGACCGUGAUCUCUGGUCUCUCCCCAACAGAACCUCCACACAGUGAGCUUCUCCAAGCCAGGUCACAUGGAGCUGAGGUCCAUGUCCUUCGAUGUUGGCACAGAGAUCAGCUUGUCCUUCGCAACCAAGAGUGAUAAGGGUAUCAUCCUGUUUGGCAGUGGGAGCACCAAUGGGGCCAGCUCCCAGUUCCAACUCCCCAAGAGGAGACGCAGGCAGUCUGGGGAGGUAAGAGGAGGAGGAUGAGACACAUACACACGCACAUACACACGCACAUACACACAAACACACUCUCUCACUUCAGUGUUGCAGUUAUGAAAGCCUCCUAACUCAGCACCUAGUCCUCUAUAAUGUCACCUCCUUGUUCUUUAUAAGUCAUUGCAUCCUAUUUCCCAGUAGCAAUGGAAUGGUUGUUGGAGGUGUUUCUAGGUUUCUGUAAUUUAAUAAGGGGCGCUGUGCUGUCUGGUUGAGUUGCUUUGAAAAACUAACAGCACAUUGCUAAUCAAUUUCUGCUGUGUGCAAGGCUCGUUAUUAAAUGAAUGAUAAAAGAGAUGGAUUGCCUGUAAGCUGUAAUGAUUAUACAUUCACCCGACAGCAAACAAAAGUUGAUCAUCUUUCACAGAGGGCUAAAGGCUGGGAGAUUUGCGACAACGGCUUUGAUUAAAAUAUGGCUUUUUGCAUCUGUUAGGGCACUCUUCAUCUCUCCAGCUCUCUCUCUCAAUCUCUCCCUCUGUUCGUCUGCAGACUUCUGCGGACCAACACAUCAAUUAUGGCCCGUGGCUGCAGGAAAUGAUAGCGGGUUUAACCUCUAACAUUCUCCCUUCAUGUGCCGUUAGUAAGAAAUAGAUUAUACAACAGCCCUCUGAUAGAUCACGUCCAAUUCGGCAAUAACCCUUGGGAAAGGUCCAGACCGUCACCUUUGAAAAUCAUUAGGGCCUAGUAAAUUAAGUGGAUGUCAUUUCGAAUGAGUACAAGUCGGCCUCGUCGGCCUCCGUGUCCGCGUCAUUCUUUCUGCCAAUUUGCGCAGGGGACAGGAGGAGCGCAUGCUGCAUCAGACCAGAGGUAUUCUAACGGUAGCACUCCCUCACUCUCCCUAGGCAAACUCCCUCUGUGCAUGCUAGUCUGCAAUGCUGUCAAGGGAUGUGCUCAACAUCUCGCUGGACUGAUUACAGAGAAUUUAAUCAUAACAAGAGGCACUUAAAUCUAUCUAUUUCUUGCCUGGUAUGUUUCAGAGAGGGCCGCACUUUCUCUGAAGUUCUGCCCAAACAGAAUCGAAUCAAGCCGUGUAGAGAAAUAGAGGACUUACAUAAACGCUACAAGUCCUCAGGGUUGAAAAGUGUAUCAGUAUGCAAUUAUGUAAAGUUUACUUCCGUUCUCAAAGUAUGUGAGGUUUCUGGUGAAUGGCAUAACGUUCUAAUUGUCUUUGAACAUUCAGGACUCCCUAUUGCAUUAAGCCUGUACUGACUUGCCCCAGAUGAUAGUGCAUAAAGCCUUUGUUUAAUAACCACAGUGUUUAUGUGCGAUAUUGCUUUUCUGUAUAACCUUGUGUCCCUGAGUCUGUCCUGAGGUGGUGUUGGUCAUUGAGAUUGGAUGUUGUUGUGCCUCCAUGGUUCUUCCCCCUCACAUCCCCUCUCGUCUCCCCUGCAGCCCUUCCUGGCCGUGUUGCUGAACAAGGGGGCCCUGGAGGUGCUGGUGUUCACAGGCAGCCACAGCCCACGCAGGGUGGUCCGCAAGCCUGACCAGGGUAUCCUGCAUGACGGGAGGGAACACACUCUGCGCAUCGAGAGACUGGGUGGCAGGUGCGUAACACACACAAACACACACACACACACAUUGGUAUUGGUAUACACUGAACAGCGUCAUACAGUUUAGCACAAUAACUUGUGUCUUAAUAAACUUGUUUCCAGCUUUUCAUUUUUAGCUGUCUUUACACAGAGCUGGCUCAAAGUGUCUCACUGUACUGUCCUGCGUGGUUCUCUGUCCAGGUCAUUCGCCGUCCAGGUGGAUGAGGAGCUGAAGAGGGAGCAGGCUCUUCCCAACGACCAAAACAUGGGCAUUAAGAGACUGUUCAUCGGGGGUAUCCCCCCUGAUGUAGAGCUCAGCACCCAGAGACCCAACGACCCCUUCGAAGGCUGCAUCUGGAACCUCAUGAUUAAUACCAUGUACGUCUCUCACCAUCUCCUAUUAUCUCCCGAGUACAUCUAGUCUAUCUACCAUAACUAUUCAUUAUCCUGAUUGUAGAUAUUAUUCAUGGAAGGCUAUGUGGGAAAUGUUGUACAUGCGUUGUGGUGUCAUGUAGUUGUGAGCUGUUUCAUGGUGCGUUCGUUUCUCCCAGUUAAAGAGGUUGUAAAUGCUGUUAUUUAACAGUUUUUUUCUACGGAUGAUAAUAAAUUCCUAUCAUUAGGAAUCAGUGCUCUCUCUCUCUCUCUCUCUCUCUCUCUCUCUCUCUCUCUCUCUCUCUCUCUCUCUCUCUCUCUCUCUCUCUCUCUCUCUCUCUCUCCCCAGUGGGCUAAACACAGUUGACCCAUAUUUAGUUGGCUUUAAUGGGGCUGUCCUUUGUGAUAACCAUGUUCAUAAUUACACUGAUAGCCAAGCCCCAUCAUCACCCAUUUACACACUCUCUCUUUCUCUCCCUGUGUGUGUCUGUGAUUUUGUGUGCGCGGGCACGUCUGUGCAUGUGUGUGUGUGUGUUUUCUUGCCCGCGUCUUUAUGCCCUACAGCCUCACAGACUUCUCCCAGCCCGUGGUCUUUGAGAAUGCAGAGAUCGGCCAGUGUCCCAACCUGGCUCCUCCCCCUCCCCCGCUGCCCCUCCCAGAAGAAGAGGAUGAAGAGGAGGAGGAGGCCAAGGAAGAAGACGUGUCCCAGCCGGUCCAACCUGAGGCUCCUGCUGUACCACCACCCACCCCGACACCCAGACAGACCCCUCCACCUCCCACUGUAGGUCCCACUCCCACUAGGGGUAUCAGGGAGUAGCAGAAAGGAAAGGCGCGUUAAAUGACUCAUUUCCCACCCUAUGAUGGUGUGAUACAUUUUCCCCAUGGGUCAUAAAGAGCUGACAUCCAUCCCCAGCAAAGCUCAGCCAGGCAGGCCGGUUGGCCCUGAGUCUAAAUACACUAUCAGAGAGGUUGAUGUGGCUGGGAUAAAGAAUGGGACGUUUUCCAAUCCAUUAGGUCUGCUUUAUAGGUAAAGUUGCAGUGUUGACAGGGCUCUUUCUUAUAGCUCCUGUGCUCAAUAUAUCCUCUCUGGCUGACAGCUGAGGUAGUGUAGCAGCGCUCUCUCUGUCCUCUCUCUCUCUCCCUCCCCCCCCCCCCCCCCCCCCCCCCCUCUCUCCCUCUUUCUCUCUCUCUCUCUCUCUCUCUUUCUCUCUCUCGCUCAUCCAUUCUCAUCUAACCAAGAUGCCUUGCAUUGGCCUACCCCACCUGUAUCUUCCUCAUAUAUUCUCAUGAUACAUCUCCAUGGACGUAUCAUCGUAGGCAAAUGUAUAGAUUGCGGCAGUAUUGCCACUGGUAGUACCUCUCUUUGCUUGUAGAAAUGAUGUGCAUUUCUGUAAUAAUACUGUAAUCCUUUUCUUAGCACUGUUCCUCUAGCUACCUGCUGUGCUGACUUUCGCCAUUCAUAACAUCAGUGCCCCAGCCUGAUUGGUGGGCCGCCUGUGUCAUGAAUGCUGUAGCCAAUCUGAUUGGCAGUGUGUACCACAGCUUAACCCUUUCACUCCCCCCUUGCCCUGCCGCUACUUUAGGACGCGCCCCCUGUCGUACCUCCAGAACUCAGCCCCGCCACAGAGGAACCUGACUACGGUGCUGUCACAGCCCCUCCGGUACCACUCUACUCUUCUCACUCACUUCUCCCUACGUGUCCCCCCCUCCCCCCCGAGCCCUUUAAGCAUGUGUCUGCUGAACCUUCAUCUCAUUGGAUCCCACCUCAAGACCUUCAACACCAUGCCGUCUGUGUGAAGAUUUGUUGCUCAUGUGAAAUAUACAUUCCAUGUCCAUAUUCUUAGUAUUGGCAACAGACGUUUUACUUUCAAUGGGGAUUUUCUUAGAAGAGAAGUACAUUCUUAGUAAACCAAUAUGGUUGUAGUAGUUCUUCUUUAUAAACAGGCUAGAUAUGCUGUAAUUUAUGCUGUGACUUUAAGAUAAAUAAAUGCCCUUUUAAGCAAUGGGAGCCUUUGUGGCUAAACAAGAAUAUAGAAGAAAAGGGAUAUUCUACAUUGAGUGAGAUGUGGAUGCAAGGUCAGAGUAAAAGGAAUGUCUUCAUGUACAGAACUGAACCAAAUACGUGAUUCAGAUGUUGGCAGUGCUAAGGUGGCCUUGCAAAAACACAUUUCAAUUUUCAGGUAGUCUCAAUAGCAACUUCAUGUGUUUUUCAUUAGCACCAUCUACUGGCACAUGUUAGAAUAGCACUUCAGACAGAAAGUAGGUAGACUACUGUACAUUCAUAUUCAAGGAAGGUUUGCAUUGUCUUUUAAUGCACUCUGUGAAUGAGAUCAUGUUGAUAUAAUGUUUUUAAGACGACUGCCACUCCCCCCCCCCCCCCCCCCCCCUUCUUCAACAGCUUUCCUGUGCUGCCGAGGCAUCUCCAGUGGUCUUAGAGAAAGCCAAACAGUUUGGUCUCUCCAAAAAACAGCCAUGUUGCAUUUGAAUUCGAUGACACAAAGGUUAAGAACAGGUAUGUCGAGUUUACAUUUAUUUGAUAACAGUAAAGCCCAAAUGAGACCUUUCUUAUCUAAAUGAUACAUAAUAAUGUUAUUAAAGACAUGGGUAAUAUCUGUAAAUGCCAUAUUGGAUUGACAGUGUUGUGAAUGUGUUUGCUUGCAGACUGAUCAUAGAGUUUGAGCUGCGGACCACAGCAGAGUCAGGCCUGGUGUUCUACAUGGCAAGGAUCAACCACGCUGACUUUGCCACCAUCCAGGUGAAGGAGGGCAUGGCCCACCUCGGGUACGACUUGGGCCACGGCAACACCUCCGUCAGCGUGCCACGCAUCAUCAACGACGGACACUGGCACAAGGUCUGGGCUCUCGAGUCAGCUGGUGAAACCUUCAUCAUAGCAACAAUGAAACCAAUAUUCAUAAUAAUUUAUAACCCUUAACGUGGUGUACAGAGUCUGUUGGCAGUUACCAUCAGGUCUACUUCACUGUCUGAGUGAGUUUAUAUAGUGAGAGCAGAUAGCUAAAUACUGUAUGUCACAAUGACGCUAUAAAAGCACUAUGACUAGUUAGUUGACCAAAACAGGAAGCAAGCAAAGUAAUCAGAAACUACAGUACUUUAUUUUCAUCUCUGUCGUAGCAGGCCGCGACCGGCAGACCCUAUGGGGCGGCGCACAAUUGGCCCAGCGUCGUCCAGGGAAGGGGAGGGAAUGGCCGGCAGGGAUGUAGCUCAGUUGGUAGAGCAUGGCAUUUGCAACGCCAGGGUUGUGGGUUUGAUUCCCACAGGGGGCCAGUAUGAAAAAAAUAAUAAUGUAUGCACUCACUAACUGUAAGUCGCUCUGGAUAAGAGCGUCUGCUAAAUGACGUAAAUGUAAUUGUGUAUUAAAGCUAUGUAUUGUUAUUGUCCUUGUUUCCCCUCAAAUCUUUUCCCUUCUGCUGUCACAGAUCCGGGUGAUGAGAGAGAAACAGAGAGGUGUACUGGUGAUAGACAACCGCUACUCCAAGCACACCACCAGCCCCAAGAAGGCUGAUAUCCUGGAUGUUGUUGGCAUGCUGUAUAUAGGUGGCCUACCCGUCAACUAUACCACCAAGAGGAUCGGACCAGUACGUUCAUACACGCUUCCUCCCAUUUGGUUUGGUGGUGUAUUUCAUUUGUAGGAAGUGAAACACAAGCCUCACUGUAGACUCUGUAUUACUUUCAAUUGUAUGUAUUACUCCUUACUGUAGACUCUGUAUUACUGUAAUUGUAUGUAUUAUGCCUAACUGUAGACUCUGUAUUACUGUAAUUGUAUGUAUUACAUUACAUGUGAUCAGCUUAAAGUGUUGAUAUUAACAGUAAUCGUUUACAACUUAUGGGAUACAUUCAAAAGUAAAUGACAUGUCUCAGUGUAAAGUAUAGUGUUGGUUGUGUUCUUCUUCUAGGUCUUGUACAGUAUCAAUGGCUGCAUUAGGAAUUUCAAGAUGCUGGGGAAUGUGUUGGACAUGGACACGCCCACCUCCAGCCACCACGUGGGCAGCUGUUUCAUCAGCACUGAGAAGGGAACCUACUUUGAUGGCACUGGAUAUGUCAAAGCAGGUACGUUCUGACACUCAAAACGUAGAACUGUACCUAUAGUUAUGGCCUGGAGUUGUUCCUGACCAUGUGACCUGACCAGGAAAAACUCCUGACCCCACGAUGCAAAAUAUCCCACCAAUCACAUAAUAUAAUAAUAACGUGGAACAAUACAUGUUGAUGAUGAAUGGUUGACUACUCGUACACCAACUUUUCACAGAGAUAUUAUUUUUAUGACAGUAUCAUAGAGAACUUAUUAUUCAAUCUCAUGGCAGUUGUUGUAUCAAUUCUGACUGCUCCCUGUAUCUCCUGUCCUCUGGUUCAGUGGGUUCCUACAGGGUGGGUCUGGACGUGUCUCUGGAGCUGGAGUUCCGUACGUCCCAGAGCAACGGUGUUCUGCUGGCGGUCAGCAGCCAGGUGGACACCAAGAUGGAGGGCCUUGGCAUCGAACUGCACAACGGAAAGGUACACACAAACAUACAAUACAAUGCUGCUUUGUUGUACCACAUACAUUUAAUUCUAACCAGACUCUACACUCUCUUACUGUAAGCCUAACAACAACCAUAAGUGUGCAAAGCUAUUGUACUGUAUACAUUAGUUAAUGGGGUUCAAUAGGAUCAUGGUUGUUCAUAACUAACAGUCAUGUUUUGUUACAAACUACCUAUUGAACAGGUCAGGUGUAUUCUGAGUAUGACUUCUUCCCUCCCUAGCUGCUGUUCCACGUGGACAACGGAGCGGGCCGGAUCACAGCUGAAUACCAGCCUGAAGCAGAGGCAGGCCUCUGUGACGGUCAGUGGCACUCGGUCACAGCCCACAAGCUCCGCCACAGGCUGGAGAUCAUAGUGGACGGCAGGAAGGUGGAAGCAGAGAGCCCCAACGCCAGGUUCAACACCGUUGACACCAGCGACCCCAUCUACGUCGGUGGAUACCCAGGUGCAUAUAUGACUGCAUAAAUGAAUGGACAACGUGACACCAUUCAUUCCUAUGUAAAGACUCAAUAGAGUAUUUGAAGCCUAAGAAGUCGGUUAAGGGAUACUUCAGGAUUUUGACAGUGAGGCCCUUUAUCUACUUCCCCAGAGUCAGAUGAACUUGUGGAUACCAUUUUUAUGUCUCUGCGUACAGUUUGAUUGAAGAUUGCUAACUAGCAUUCAUUGUGCUAACGGUAGUUAGCAUUGGCUCGCGAAACUACCUCUAACUUCUUUCCUAUUGGACAAAGAGACAUAAAAAUGGUAUCCACGAGUUCAUCUGACUCUGGGAAAGCAGAUGGCCAAAAUCCAAAAUCCCGAAGUAUACCUUUAAGAUGGCGUCUUAAAGAUUUAUGUAGACAUAACAUGUGCAGUUUGAGCUACUCCAGGAAGUGACAUUGCAGGCUAGCUCAGUGCUGCCCCCUCUCAUUGAGUAUCUCAAGUUGAAUGGCGACCGAGGUACUGCAGGCUGCCAUUAGCUACUAAAUUACACAUAUAACUUCAUCUGCGAUUUUAAAAUAAUCGGUUCAAGCACAUACAUCUGGUGUAAUAGAAGCAAUUAUUGGUACCAUGAUUGUCUUCAAAAAAAUAUUUUAUUUAUAUUAAGAUUGACCACGUAGAUUGCCAUUUUCCCCUUCACGAUAAUGGGGGACCCUGUCUUCUGAAAACGAUGCCUGCAGUACCGCGAUUGGCCUUGAACUUCAUGGCUUCAACGAUGUCUGUGCCCAGUGGGAUGCCUGUGGAAUCAGGUUACAUUUAUACCUCCUGAACAUGACCCUGGAUACUGUGAAGCAAACCGUGCUCCACUAUAAUGUUGAAAAUGUUUGUGCUUUACUUCCUAUCUAAACAUCAGGAUAUAAUCAAAGUAAUAACGUCAAGCAGUCAUCGGCUUUCUGAUUUAUGAAAUAGAAACAUGAAUGUGCUUAAUGGGGCAGAAAAUAACAGUCAUAAAUCAAUGGUGUCUUUUAUCUCUUUUCCAGAGGGGCUCAAGCAGUUUGGCCUGACUUCUAGUACUUCAUUCAAAGGCUGCAUGCGCAACCUGAAGAUAACCAAGGCAUCCAAAGUGUUAGAGGUUCAAUUCAACAAGGGCCUGGAAUUCAAGGGGGUUCAACCCCUCACCUGCCCAGCCAAUGCAGCCUAA